AUGAGUUCUCAUAUCGAUCCACCGCGAGGUGUAUUUACCUUACCAACUCCUUGUGAAUAUUCUAAUCCCUUCUGGGAAGUCAUCAAAAUUUCUAAUUCUAAACACUUUAUACUUCAAAGAACAAUAGCUUCAAGUAAUAAUAAUAAUACAUUACUCAGAGGUGUUUUUAGUACUAUACAUAAUGUACUCGACACAAAUGCAUCUCCUUUUCGCAUACUCUUUCAGCCCGAAGUAAAUGGGAAUUCAAUGCAAGUUGCCGUGUCUAAAUCUCAAAAAGUGAUCGAAGACGCAUGGAAAUGGAUUGAAGAUAAUUUAGAUAAAGGGUUACUAAAACUUGACAAUGCUGCGGAAAAGAUGGAGUUUGUUGUAACGAAAAUAAAUUCUUUGGUCACUCGUCAAGAUAAAGGAACUGAUGAAGUUUCUGAGGAUCAAGAAAUUCGAAACGCAUCAAGAACUUUUCGACAAGUCUUUAAUCUAUCAUCAACUGAGAGACUAGUUAACUUCUAUUCAUGCGCGUACCGUGGCAUUCAACAAGGGUGGAUGUAUAUAAGCGAAAAUUAUUUGGGUUUCCAUUCCGUUAUACUUGGUAUCGAAACCAAAUUGUUUAUAGAGUUAAAAGAUGUACAAAACCUAUUAAAAGAAAAAUCAAAGCGUGGAAUAGUCUCCGAUUCUAUCAAAAUUAUUACAAAGGAUGGUAAUGAGCAUUUUUUUUCAAAUCUUUUUCAUCGUGAUGAAACUUACGACCUAUUAGUACAGUUGACAAAUUUGUCAAUGGAACGAAUAUUGAAAAAUGCCACACUUGAGCCUGCUCCAGGAUUUAUAUAUGAUGUUGAAAGCAUUAAUGAAAGUUUAAGACCAAGUACCCCCAUGUUACCAGAACCCCCUGUAUCACCAAUGAUUCCCCCCCUAAGGAAAAAUCUCGAAGAUCAAAAACGUGACAAAGAAUUCCAAAUAUCAUUUAACCUGCCCAUAACUGAACAUUUAAUGCAAGAAU